AUGUUGAAUAUUACACUAAUAAAUUUGUUUUCCUUUAGGGUCCCCCUGAUAAAAGGGAAGUCCAUGAGGACUGCUCUUAAAGAAAAGGGACUGCUGGAGGAUUUCCUGAAGAAACAUCCUCAUAAUCUGGCCUCUAAGUAUAACUUGUACGCUCAGCCAUUCGCCGAGCCCAUGUAUAAUGACUUGGACAUUGAGUACUAUGGAGUCAUCUCUAUUGGAACCCCACCCCAGUCAUUCAAUGUCCUUUUUGACACUGGAUCUGCCAACCUCUGGGUACCAUCUGUAUACUGUAGCAGCUAUGCCUGCUCUAACCACAACAAGUUCAACCCAUCCCAGUCCUCCACAUACCAGGCCCUCAACACUGCUCUCUCUAUCACGUACGGCACCGGCAGUAUGACUGGCUUCCUGGCAUACGACACUGUGACUAUUGGCGGCAUUGUCGACCCCAACCAGAUGUUUGGUCUGAGCGAGACGGAGCCCGGCUCCUUCUUGUACUACAGCCCCUUCGACGGCAUCCUCGGGCUUGCCUACCCCUCCAUCGCCUCCUCUAGAGCUACCCCAGUGUUUGACAACAUGAUGAACCAGGGGCUGGUGUCUCAGGAUCUCUUCUCCAUCUACCUGAGCCGCAAUGGGGCUACCGGCAGUGUUGUAGUAUUCGGAGGGAUUGACGAGUCUUACUAUACUGGCCAGAUCAACUGGGUCCCCGUUACCACCCAGGGGUACUGGCAGAUCGCUGUGGACAAUGUCAUGAUCAAUGGUCAGGUGGUGGCUUGCUCCCAAGGCUGCCCGGCUAUUGUUGAUUCUGGAACGUCGCUGAUCACUGGACCUCCCUCUGAAAUUCCCACUAUCCAGCAAUGGAUUGGUGCCGUGAACAGUAACAAUGAGUACUACAUCAACUGCCAGAACAUCCCCAGCAUGCCCCAAGUUGUCAUCACCAUCAAUGGCAUCCCAUACACCCUGCCUGCAUCAGCCUACGUCAGACAGACCAAUGGCCAGUGCACCAGUGGCUUCCAGUCCAUGUCACUCCCAUCAGCUCAAGGAGACCUCUGGAUCCUGGGAGAUGUCUUCAUCCGGGAGUACUACGCCAUCUUCGACAGGGGCAACAACAUGGUUGGGCUUGCCCAGUCUGUGUAAACAGCUUCAAGCUGCUCAUCUUGACUCUAUCAUUCCUAUCUUCUAUAAAACAUCCCACCUCUCUUUCAUUCCUUCUUCUCGUUUAAAGUCUAAAGUGCAGUCAAGGAUA